AAAGACGCAGAAUGAAUUGCUGACCUGCAUCUAGCAUAGCAGGGUAAAACAGAGAAUUUGUGAAGUCUAUUUGGUGCAAUACUGCUGACCUCAGAAAAUUUUCGUAACAGUAUUUCUCUGAGUACCAUAAAUGAGUUCUAUCCUUUUUAAGUGAAAAAGCUCAAAUCCUUGUCUAAUGAUUCAAGGAAUUAACCAAAGGGGGGUGGGGCAGGUAAUUUAAUACGUGCAGAUCUUGCCGUAAGUUACUCUUUUGGGUGGUAAUACUGCCUCAUUCUUCAUUGUGAAUGCUGCAAUAAGGAACUACGCUAAAGUCGGCUUAUACUUGUUUUAUCACUGAAAAGCUAAAAACUGAUAUUCAGCAUGGGUAAAGAGUGGAUUUAUAGCAGGAAGUGAUCUUGUUCCCUCCAGCAGAGGGAGGGAGGGGGACGUGUCUGCAGAGAUUAACCUUGAUUGGCUUCUAAAUAACAGAAGUUGCACUGUGCCAUGUUGUGAGCGGGAAGGCACAGCGUUCUUCACGGUUCUAGCUCGUUUGUCGGGUGACAAGGUGCAACUGUAGCUAAGCUAAGUGUGGGUUUCUGACCUUUGCGUCCAGCUACUUUGCUAAUAUGAAUGCUAAGAGGUGACCAUGAACAGAGAACUGAAUCUUAAUAUUUUGAGUCUACUUAAAGAUCCCAAAUCUAGGAAGCGAUAAGCUAUUGUUUCAUUGAACUUGGUUUGUUUUCCUGUCAUGCUUAGGGCUCAUUACAUCUCCUGCAAGAGAGGAGAUGCCCUUACUCAAAGCACUGUAAGAGCUGGCCUAAUGGCAUGGGCCCUGGAAGGUGGGGAGAACGGCUGGCGCUUUUCCUUAUCUUGCAGCUUGAUGCUUACCGAAAGAUGUCAGCGAUUGGGGUAGCAGCAUCCUGUUCCUGCCUCCGUCCUGGCAUGUGGCUGCUGAAACCAGGCGUGCAGAAGAUGAGCUCCCCUGGCUUACACACGGCAGCCAGGUGUGCUGCCAAGGAUUAUUACGAAGUUCUUGUGCUGGGUGGAGGCACUGGUGGAAUCGCCAUGAGUGCUCGCAUGAAGAGGAAAGUGGGGGCAGGAAAUGUGGCUGUUGUUGAGCCAAGUAAGACUCAUUACUAUCAGCCGCUCUGGACUCUGGUUGGUGCUGGUGCAAAGCAGCUGGCAACUUCUGCGCAUCCAACCAAGAGUGUAAUGCCUCGAGGCGUCGAAUGGAUCAAAUCUCGAGUUACAGGGUUGGAUCCAGAUAAGAACUGUGUCUUGCUAGAGAAUGAUAAAAAGAUAUCUUACAAGUACCUGAUAAUUGCCCUUGGGAUCAGUCUGCAUUAUGAAAAGAUCAAAGGCUUGCCUGAGGGUUUUCAGCACCCUAAAAUAGGUUCCAAUUACUCAGUUCGUACAGUAGAGAAAACAUGGAGGGCUUUGCAAGAUUUCAAGGAAGGAAAUGCCAUCUUCACUUUUCCAAACACACCAGUGAAAUGUGCAGGGGCUCCUCAGAAAAUCAUGUAUUUAUCAGAGGCCUAUUGGAGGAAAACAGGAAAACGAUCCAAAGCAAACAUAGUGUUCAAUACUUCGCUUGGUGUCAUUUUUGGUGUUAAGAAGUAUGCUGAUGCAUUGCUUGAAAUAAUAAAGGAGAGGAAUAUUGCUGUUAACUAUAGGUGCAACCUUGUUGAAGUUCGAGCAGACAAGCAGGAAGCUGUGUUUGAAAACUUGGACAAACCAGGAGUCACUGAAGUUCAUCAGUAUGAAAUGCUUCAUGUCACACCCCCAAUGGGGCCACCUGAUGUACUGAUCAGCAGUCCUGUCUCGGAUGAAAUUGGCUGGGUAGAUGUAGAUAAGGAAACUCUACAACAUAAAAAGUAUCCUAAUGUAUUUGGUAUUGGAGACUGCACCAACCUUCCAACAUCAAAAACUGCUGCAGCUAUAGCUGCCCAGUCUGGAGUGCUUGAUAAAACUAUUUCCAUGGUAAUGAAGAACCAAUUACCAACUAAAAAGUACGAUGGAUAUACUUCCUGCCCACUGGUCACAAACUAUAACAAGGUGAUUCUAGCAGAGUUUGACUACAAUGCUCAGCCACUGGAGACAUUUCCCAUUGACCAGAGCAAGGAGAGGGUAACCAUGUACCAUAUGAAAGCUGAUAUGAUGCCGCUUCUUUAUUGGAACGCAUUACUCAAGGGCUACUGGGGAGGACCAGCUCCUUUCAGGAAGCUAAUGCAUCUGGGCUUAAAGUAACUGCUAGUUCUUGAUGCUGGUCAACACUUUUGAAGAGAAAGGACUGGUCUCUAAAUGGAUCAAUAUCUAUCCUUCCUCUUGGUCUACUUUCCAGUUGACUGAUUUUUUUUUUUUUUCAGUCAUGGCUUUGUUUCAUUCAUUUUCCCCUAUUAGGGAUUAAGCCUUGCUGUUUUCUCCCCCCUCUGCUACUUAGACCAAUGCCUUAAGAUGCUUUCAUACACACAGUUUGAACUGAAGUGUGAACUUGCCUUAAGCUAUAGGACACUACUGAAAUCUGCUACCAUGAUUAACCUUAAACCUGUUGUGUUUACAUACUCAUGACUCUAAGAGAUGUAGCCUGUAAUCAAUAUGUGCACUGGAUUUAACAGAAUAAAUCACUGUCAGUAAA